AGUAGUGCCGCUGACACGAAGAGGAGAACACCACUAGGCACCAGGGGGAUAAAGAAAGUCCCAGAUACAAGAACAAACAAAACAACAAAGGAAAAAACAAGAGAAAUAUUUUACUUGUUCAAAUCUACGUAUAGACAGGAUGACCAAAGUGGAGCUAUACAAGUCGCGUUUAUUUGUGACAAUCAUUCAUCUGUGUGCCCUGGGUCAGUUCGCCUAUGGCCUCUAUUAUAGCCAUUUCGAGAUACAGCGCAGCUACAAGCUCAAGACUACAGCGAGUCGUCGCCUGGUACCGGAUUCACUGCCCCAGAAGGUUAAAUUUCUGUCCUACUGGUCCCUGUUAAUACAGGCUCUCUACUAUAUCGUUUCACUCGUCAAUGAUUUUGUGGGCACAAAUGAGCUGGCACCCAAGCGGCCCCCUGCCAUACGGCAAUUCAAGGACUGGCUGAUGGCCACCCUCGCCUUCCCCGUGGCUCUCAAUGUGGGUGUCACCUUCUGGACGCUGUAUGCCAUCGACCGUGAACUCGUCUUCCCCAAGGUCUUGGACCCCGUCUUUCCCAGCUGGCUGAACCAUGUCCUCCACACCAAUAUUGUUGUCUUCAUUGUGCUGGAGCUGUUUACCUCGUAUCGCGCCUAUCCCAAACGCAGCAAGGGUCUCACUGGCCUGACCAUCUUCAUGGGCGCCUAUUUGGUGUGGAUUCACAUUGUCAAGCAUUACUCCGGCGUCUGGGUGUAUCCGGUGUUGGAGGUGUUGCAGCUGCCGCAGCGCAUUGUCUUCUUUGUUGCCGUGAUUGGGUUUACAUUAGCUCUCUACCUGGUCGGCGAGUUCUUGAACAACACCGUGUGGGCCAAGGAAGUGAAGCUGGCCAAACGCAAGUCCAACUAGGCUGUGCAUCUACUUAGCUAAGAGUGCGGUUACGGUGUUGUGUAGUAGUCACGUUUAAUUAGUAACUAUAUACAAAGAAAUAAUUCGCUUAUAUAUUUUACAUACCUAUUAAAAUGUGAACCUGUCUUUAACAUAAAGAAGUCUAGAGAAGAAAAAACCAAACCACACAAAACUUGCUAAUGAUAUUUCUAUUCUUAAUAAGAAUUACAUUACAUUAUUGUAUUUGAGAUUAA